AUGCGUUUCCGCGCGGUUCUCGAUACCUUUCAAGCGCGUUACUAAAUGAUGAUGAUCAUCAUGAUCAGAUUUGUUGCAUUUUAUUUUAUGAUUUCAGAUAGACACGUUGUUUCUUUAUUUCAUUGUGUUUUGACAAGGCUUUAGUUGAGUUCUUUGUCUACGAUAGUAAAAAAAUACUUUGUACCGCAUGGUGAAAGUUGUGCUUGCGAAGACAGCGCGAGGUGCGCGCGAGGAGCAUCACUGCGCGUGAACGUGAUGAACAAAGAUGAUCAUUUAAUGAUAUCAAAUCACAUCAUCAAGGAUCGGCUCAUCAUAUCAAACACAUUAUCCCCCAGUGCUGCCGAACGGACCAAAUGAUGAUUAUCCCAGAACGCGUGCCGACAGCUCUUGCGUCUGAUUUCACCAGCCUGAUGGACUGACAGGUGAAGAAUUAAAAACGGAGAAGAGAUGGAUGUGUCUCUCCAAAGGAGUUUGAGUGUUUUGGAUCGUCUUCUCCUUACACACUCCAUAUGGUUGCAGCUGUCCGUCAACCCUACCUCUGCUCACCAAAUCCUACAGAGAGAGAUUGUGGGGACAUUUCUGGUGUGUAAGUGUAGCGCCUCCCACAGAAAGGUUCUUUGUGUGCGAGUAGGGGAGUCUGGUGUGUGUGUUUCACAGUAUCCCAUCCGUGAAGAAGACUCCACAUUUUCUUUAGAAUGUUCAGCCCUGAGCUUCCCGGAUCUCUGCAGACUUGUGGCCUUUUACACAGUCAGCAGAGAUGUGUUGCCUUUACCUCUUGAGCUCCCAGAAGCAAUUGUACAGGCAACAACACAUACACAGCUGGAAAACAUUUCACAUUUGGGUUUGGAGUUUUGGAGUUCUCAGACAUCUCCUGGCCUUCCAAAUGGUCCCCCUCCACCUUCAAAACCCCACCGAACGCCCAGGGUCAUAAACCCCUGUUUCAUUAAUCCCCUGUUCCUUCAACCACCCCAGCCCAGCAGAGCUGCCUCACAUAAACGUCACCGCUUCAAACGUAGCCUCAGGGUCCGUGUGUCCAAUGAAACCUCUCUUAGUCUGUCAGGUGGAGAAUCGGAUUUAACCCAGGGGGAGCGACCUAAAGAGAAUGCCAACCAGGAUGGCCAGAGGAGGACAGGAGGGAUAAGCAUGCUCAGGAGGACUCAAGCUCUGUCUCCCACCUCAGAAGAGGAGGACGAACAGAUGAUGGGCCAAAUACCGUCGAGUAACUUAAUGCCACAGCGUGACGAUGAUCAACUCAACAAAGCUCCUGAAGAUGGUGGGGUUUGCCUCGCUUUGGAAAGAACUCAUGCUCCUUCUCUUGCUGAACUGGACAGCAAUAGCUCUUUUAGUAGUCUGGAAGAAGAGGACAACCUCUUGGACUCUGCCGAACAAUGGCCACCUGCCGCACGAGGUACUCGAUUCCCCUCUGCGAACCCCACUUCCACCUUGCGCCGCAUGACUGCCGCUUUCGUCUGUGUGUUUGCUCCUGAACGACGAGUUGCCCGAUUGGUAGAUGAACUCUCCCGCGACAGACGCUCUACAUUUGGGUCAUUGGUGCAAGAUUUUCUAGAGAAACAGAGGCAGGAGAUGAAGGCCUCUAGUUCUGCUGUCAAGAUUCUUGAAGGGUUGAGGAGAUUUCUGUCCCAAGCCAAGAGCCUCCUUCUGGAAGCAGGAGAAAUUGAGCCUCCGAUUGAGACGUUGGUGCCUGAGAAUGAGAAAGAUCUUGCUCUGGAGAAAGCUCUGUUUGGCUGUGUGUUAAAGCCGUUGAAGGUUCAGCUGCACCAGACGCUCGUCUCUUUGCAUACUCUGGACGGCUCCUUACAGAGGAUCACAGACAGGAUGUUGGCCUGCCAGGAGGGGGCGCUAGAGCAUUUGGGUGUACGAGUGGGGGUCCUGGAUAUUCGAGGCAUAGAACGAGCAAAGACUAAGCUCACACUUAUGCAACGAAGCCAUUCGCCUAUUGAUAAGGUGUUGCUUUUGCUGCAGGUGUGCAAGAGCGUGUACAAAGCCAUGGGGACCCAACCGGAUCAGCCAGUGGGGUCAGAGGACUUCCUUCCGGCAUUGGCCUAUGUCCUAGUGCAGUCUAACAUCCCACAACUACUGCUGGAGACAGAGUACAUGAUGGAGUUGCUUGAUGCAUCAUGGCUGACAGGAGAAGGUGGAUAUUAUUUGACAACUGUGUAUGCCAGCCUGUACCUGAUCCAGAGCAAGCCUGGGACCGUGCCCACCUGUAGUCUAACCAGUGAGACUCAAGAAAGCUUGCGCGAGUGGAGCAGGAGGCGUGGCCAAGAGGCCAAAACCCAGAAAGACAAUCAGCAGAAACAGAGGUUCGUACGUGUGUUAUUUCAGGACGACAGUCGUAGUGCAAUGCGAACACUUCUCUGGAAGGCGGGGGAAAAUGUAGACGCUUUAGCCCAAAUUUGCGCUGGGCUUUUUGGUGUGAAAGAGCCCCAGCGCUACUGUCUGUUCUGGAGGAAUGAAGGGGAAAUGCGCACACUACCUGCCAAUUUUCAGCCUAAUGAACUGGGCAUGCAUGAGGGGGUUUCUCUGUCCUAUCUCCGCUCCGAUCAUGACUUCAGCAAGAUGCGCAGACUGACCAGAGGGGGUGCUGUGGAUCUGGGGGAGUCUGUGUAUGAGGAGUAAGGAAUUCUGAUCUUUAAUGCUGAAGGGUUUAUGGAUGUUAUAUAAUUAUUUUUUAUGUGUACACGGUUGUGUGAGUCUGGUUUGUGCAGUCAGGAAGAACAACAGCAGUGUAUAUGAAUCAAACUUACAGGUGAUCCAAAGGUGAGAUGGUAACAAUGCAAAAGGCAAUAUCUGCUUAAAAGACUUGCUGUGAAAAGUCUAAUAAUCUAAGUUUCAAUUGUCACUCAUUGAUUGGCUUGUCAGAAGUGUUUACUGCCCAAAACAAUACCAAAUGUAUGUAUGUACGCAUCUGACAUGUUGUGUGUGUGAUGGACUGAUUAUGUUUUGUUUCAUAGUGACAUUAAGGGAAUAGAGAGUUUUUCCAAAACUGUCAUUGAUAACUGUGAAAUGAUUCUUAAUGGUGUCUUUUGUUAUUUUCCAUGGAAAACUAAUGAGUAAAUAAUGAGAGAAUCUUAAUUUCCUGUCCAUAUCACACUAUAUAUAAAUAUGUGAACACAUGCUUCUUGCUACAAAAUGUGUCACAAUAAAAUUUUGUAGAGCAAAAACUUCAAUUCUAAAAUGUUCCCACAAUUUUGUUAUAAACCUUUCCCUCGUUUUUAAAAUUUGUGGUUGCUAAAGUAUUACCUGAACUGUAGUAGUUGAGCUGAACAUUGAAUAAUGAAUAAUGUAAGUUUUUUUUAUCUGAAAAGAGGGAUGUAGUGAUUCAAUUUAUAAUUAUGUGAAUAUUUCAUGUAAAUAGAUUCAGAAGAACAAAUAAUAAAUGCUAUAUUGUGUUGCUAUGUACAAAUUUCACCUUGGUGGGCAGAUAAACACGAGAGCUUGAUUCAGCUGCAAUCAUGAAGAUAAUUCCAAUGCUGUUGAGCAAGUAAAGUUAAGAAAUGGAACAACAGUGGAGGUUUCCUGCUUUCAAUGGCCACAAAAUAUGAAAAAUAUUUUUUUAAAGACAGAUUCUAGUUAUAGAUU